UCGGUCGCGAUCGGGUGAGAAAAGGAAGAACGAGGAAAGAACGCUAACGGCGGCGGCGUCUGGCUGCGUCGGCCUACGUGGCUGAGCGCCGGCGCCAUCGCUUGGUUUUGUGUGGGUCUUCUUUCCCUCGUCUCUCUCUCCUUCUAAAUGGGAGUUCGUCUGCUCUGAGUGCGCGAUUGAUGAUGCAAGUAGAACAACUCAAUCACCCUCUUUCCUCCCUGGGUGGAUCCCUGUCCCCUCACGAACAAGAAGGGGAAGAGCUAAGGGAAGCCUGACCUCAACCUUAACCUAACCCUCUGCGAGGUCAAGGGUUCGAAUCCGGUUUUCCGCUCGUCAGUGGAUUACUGAUUACUCCUCCAGCCAUCCACGCGGCGUCCAGGUGGCAGUUGCCCUUCUCUUUCCUCAAGGAACACGAACGUGCUGCAUGCUAAUUAAGGUGUAAACCUCUGGCACCGAGCUUGCCAUCAGUCAGAAACCUGUCCACAAGCCAUCAUAUCAGAGGCUGAUCUGCCGUCCCGGUCAUCAAACGGCUCGCCGGAUGCGACCUGCUUAUCGCAUAGCAGCAAUCGAAACGUCGCGGCGAGGGUGCGGAAGCUGCAUGUUUUCUCGCUAGAGAGAGAGAGAGAGAGAGAGAGAGAGAGAGAGAGAGAGAGAGAGAGAGAGAGAGAGAGAGAGAGAGAGAGAGAGAGAAAGAAGAGAGAGGUGUUGUGGGGCACAGCAUUAGAUAGAAGGAAGAAGAAGAGGAGGAGGAGGAGAGGGGUUGGUGGUGGUGGUGGUGUGGGGCACAUCAUUAGAUAGAAGGAAGAAGAAGAGGAGGAGGAGAGGAGGAGGAGAACGAGCAGGAGGAAAAACGUAAGUGCGACACGUGGCACGUGGAUCGGAGAGGUAUCGGGAUGGCGACGGCGGCGGGACUACUGAGUAUGGAAGCCUCGGCUCGCCGGCUGAGCGGGGGCAGCCUUAGUGGGCUGACUGGAUCCAGUGCAUCGUCUUCCUUGGCUGCGGAGUCGCGGUUCUCUCCUAACCCUUUUCAAUAUAAUGGGAGGGUGGCGCUAGCUCUGAUUCCCUGCUUGUUGGUUGUUCUCGGCGAUGCCGGUCAGGUCGCCGUCGGGACCUUGACCAUCGGUCUGUUAAUUACGUACAUCCUUGAUGUGUUUGACAUGAAGGAAGGCUCCUUCUUCGCCUUGUGGCUGACCGCUAUGGGCGUUAGCGUGUCGCUCAUUUUGGCAGGAGUAGGGUUUUUCCCUUUCCUCAGCCGCACCGUUUACAUGCUCUUCUUAGGGUCCUCUGUCGCGGUUGUCUUCCUGGCGGCGUUGUGGAUUUCCAUCCAGUACAAGUGGCUGCAACUUCAACAUCCCGGCGUGGUCCUGGCGAUCGAGCGGCUCCUGUUCGCCACGUGUCCGAUCCUGGGCGCCGCUGUCCAGACUUGGGCGGUUGUCGCGACCGUGGGUAUCGGCAAGGCGCCCUUCUACUUGCACGUGAUUCUCUCUGCGUUCUUUUGGCUUUUCUCCAUCCCUCAUUCUUCCUCCUUUCGCUCAAAGUCGGAGCGCUCCUAUGGUGGUCGGCUUCCGCAAGAAUCUCUUAUCCUAGGUCCCCUUGAGUCCGCUGUCCACGCGGGCGCGCUUCUAUUUCUGCCAAUGAUCUUCUACUACGGCACUCAUUACCCCACGAUCAUUUCGAGUUUCCCGCUCCGGGAAAUCGAUUGCCUGUUGCUGGUCUUUGUACCUGUGCUGUUCUUGCUGUACGCGUCGACACGUGGCGGCUUGUGGUGGCUUUGCGGCGCACAGGACUUCCAACGCACUCGCCUGGUGAUUGGGGCCGUCGCUCUCGCUGUCGUAGUCGGCUGUCUGGAGUUCCGGGUCGUUUUCCGCUCUUUCUCGGGCUAUAUCCACAUAGAGGCCCCGUUCAGCUAUGUCCUUGUCUCGAUCGCGAUGUACGGCAUGGCCAUCUCUUUUGCUGGAUACGCGCUCGGUCUGUAUCGGGACGCUGUCACACUUCCCUUCGUGACCAUCCUCCUGGUGGUGUCAGCAGUCUCUGUCUGCAUUACCCUCGGGAUGCCUGCUUUGUUUCUCCCUGCACCGGCCGCUGCUGCAGCAUACCUUGCCCAGUUUUUGUCGUCGAAGAACAUGAUGUCUUACUUGAUCCAUGUUGUGGGAGUCGUCGCAACGGUGCUCUGGUUCCUGGUGAACCAUUUCUGGCAUGUCAGUGUAGCGAUCGGCGGGCAGCAGCUGCAAGUGAUUGUGAUUCUUCUUGUGGUGAACGCCGCCAUUGCGUUUUCGAUCCCCGGGUUGGCGCUCGUCACCAUGAAGCUGGCCAAGCAUGUAGUCAGCGCUCUGCUGAUCUUCCAGGGUGUGCUAGUCUGUGCGCUUGAGAACGUAAUGUACAAUAAUAAUCUGGAGGAGGAGGAGCUCUAUCCCAGUUACCUUGUUGUGGCGACAUCAGUGCUCGGGAUUCUUGUCACACGGAGAUUGGAUAGCGAUGGGAAGCUCGGAAGAUGGCCGUAUUGGAUUCUGUUCUGCCUCUACAUUGCAAAGCUGUCGAUGAUCGUCCUGACAUCCAAGUAUGUACUUUGGGAGAUGACAGUGCUGCUGAUGGCUGUUACGCCUUCCAUCCUGUUGUUCAGGGACAAGACACACGGAAAGAUGAAAGUAAUCUACGGAUGGCUCAAUGUGGGUCUGAUAGUUGCAGCUGUCGUGUUCUGCCGGUACACGAUCUUUGAUGCGAUUGUUUGGUGGGCGGGCAUUCGGCCAUCCGACGGAGUGAUGCUUGGUGCUAUGGUGUUUACCGCGGGGGUUGGAUUCGUGCCGAUGGUGAUGUACCAGUUCUCCCAUCUGCAGUCGGCAAGGCGAGCAGUCGUGCUGGUUAUCUCCGCUGGCUUGUUGAUGAUGUUCAUCAGGCCCUCUCUGCCUUUUUCGCUUGGGUUUGUUUGGGACCCUCACUACUGGGUGGCAUACGAUGACUACAAUUCUAUCUAUAGUGACAUGGAGAUUACUGCUGGCUGGCCUGCUUGGCUCCUAGUUGCAAUGGUGAUGGGCUCCUUGGCCGGCGCAACAUCGGCAGUGCCCAUCCAGCAUCAAGCUUCCGUACGUCUUUGGUAUGCUGUCGGGAUGGGGCUGAGCGUAGGUGUGUACCUGUGCGCACAGUUCUUUGGUGAAGCUCCGCUGCUGCAUGCUCUGCUCGUCGGCUCGAUGAUGUGCGCCUCCGUCUUCAUCGUGUUUGCAUGGUAUCCGUCGUCUUGGAGCCCCCGCGUUCUUCCUUGGGUGUUUGCUUUGUUCGUCGCGCUUCUUCCGAUGAUGUACUUGCUCGAGGGUCGUGCGCUGCACAAAGCUGAGGCGUUUGCAAAGGAGGUAGAAGAUGAAUGGGACGAUUGGCGGGGAGUCGAGGAUUUCCACAAGCAGGCUGUCAUCCUCGGAGGUCUGCGAACGUCGCUAGUUGGACUUUACGCGGCGGUGUGUCUGUUGAUGGCGUUGACAAUCAAGCUAAAGCUUGCUGCAAUGCUCAAGGCGGGUGUCAUUGCACCCUCAAAAGCCGCUUCCGGGAGCGAGCCCACAUCAUCGAAGAGCCACGUCUUCAUGGGCCAGCAUCGUGUCGUGCAGCAGCGCAGGACCAUCUCCAGCGUGCUAACCACGAAGAAGAUGGCCACGGAGGGCGGAUCGUGGAUGCCAGGCGUUGGCAAUGUGGCGACGCUCCUCUCCUUUGCCCUGUGCCUCCUGCUCAACUUCGAACUCACACGAGGAGUGGAUCGUGCGAUCUUUGUCCUCGCUCCAAUCCUCCUCCUGCUCAAUCAGGACGUCAACCUCGUGCGUGGAUUUGGCGACCGGCAGCGUUAUUUCCCAUUAACUGCUGCCGUGUCCAUCUAUCUGGCAAUUUCUGCGCUGUGCCGUAUCAUCCAGGAAUGCUUCGACUUGCGCGGUGCUGCGGGAGUGGCCAGUCCCAACGUCUCGGAUGUCGGUUGGUGGUGGAUUGUGAAGAAUGGACUGCUGCUGGUCAUCUCGCUGCCUAACCAUACCAUUUUCAACAAGUUUAUGUGGGACUACUCCCGCCUCAGCAACGUUAUUCUGCUGUGCAUCACGCCGCUAAACAUACUGUCGAUCGUCUUUUCGGACAUCACCACCAUCCGCGUCCUAGGUGUGAUUGGUAUGGUUUAUGCGACUGUGCAGUUCUUCAUCUCGCGGCAUGUCAGAAUAAUGGGGCUGAAAUAUAUUUGACGACCCUAAUGAUAGGAUUCAAGCCGAUCAUGCGAUUAGAGGUGGGAGAUGAAGUUGAGAGAGUUUUUGCAGGUGGAUGGUUAAGGUCACCACUUGGCGGCAUCUUGUGUAGGUAGAGGGUGGUACUUGUAAACUCCCCACACCCUUUUCAACGCACCAUUUGCUCAAGUGGCUGGGCGGGCAGCCAGGCAGGCAACUGCCCUGCACUCCAGAUUUUGAGAUGGAAAACAUCAAGAAUGUAUCAUGGUAAGGUCAAGGUGGUCUCAGCAGGGGGCUUGCGGGACAUUCUUGGUACAUGCGAUUUCGCU